AUGCUUUUCGGUCGUCAAGUCGAUUCUGAGAUGUGCAAAACGUCCAUUUCCCACAAAAUAGAGCUGGCUAAGCAGCUCGAAGUGGUUCUUCAGGGUUCUGUGAAGCCUAUGAUUACACAAUGCUGUAUACACGAACUCUACCUACAAGGCAAGACGCAGCAGUCUGCUGUCGACCUCGCAAAGACAUUCGAGCGGCGGAAAUGUAAUCACCGCGAAGCAAUUUCUGGGGAUGACUGCUUAAAGAGCGUGGUUGGCGAUAUCAAUAAACAUCGCUAUGCUAUUGCCACACAAUCGCAGGAGCUAAGGACGAGUCUCCGCGCGAUACCUGCUGUACCGGUUGUUCAUGUUAAUCGUUCGGUUAUGGUCCUGGAACCACCUAGUCAAGCAACACUCGAUGCAAAAACAUCCGUCGAAGAAACGGCGCUAUAUCCAUCUACGAGUGAGAUUACCGCACUCCCGUCAUCCGUACCUGCAGAACAACCCCGAAAGAAAAAGAAGGGUCCUAAGGGACCCAAUCCACUGAGUGUCAAAAAGAAGAUUGUUAAAUCUGAUCCUUCUAGCUCGCUGAAGCGGCCUAGAGCACCAAAGCCAAAUGAAUCAGAGGUAGGAUCAAAGCGUAAGCGGAUGGAAGCUAGUGAGGCCGUAGACAAUCAGAGGGUGACUAGUGAAAGUGGUCACAAGAGGAAGCGACGACGGAAAGCCCACCUUACUCCUGACACCGUAGAGACUGAUCCUUAG